AUGAACUAUAUUCUACUGUUAAUUAUAACAUGUAUUUAUGCUAGUUGUAUGGAAAUAAUGGUUAUAUCGAAUGAUGAAAACAAUAGUUUUGAAAACAAUGAACUUUAUCAUGAUGGUAGUGAAGAUGGCAGUGAAGAUGGAAAUAUUUAUUCUACUGAACUUGUUUUAGAUGAAGAAUCUACUGAAUUUAAUUUCGAAAUCAACAGUUUAAAAGAUAUAAAUAGACCUUUAUACUUUUAA